CCUGCCUUUGCCUCCUGAGCUCUGGGAUUAAAGGCUUUUUAAAGGCAUUCAAUCACACACACACACACACACACACACACACACACACACACACACACACACACACACACUCUCCUGCUUGUCUCUGGUUGUCCCAUUGCCUAUUUAUCUGUCAUUGAUCUGUCACCUUGUCAGCACUGUACCUUUAUCCAGGAAUGUGGAUUGGCGGUUGCAGACAGGGAUGUGGUUGGUGGUUGCAGAUAGGAAAUUUGAUGGGUAAGUCUGAAAGGACAUUUGAUGGGUAAGUUUGAAAAGCAGUGAAAAUAAGUGGGAAACUCAGGAGGCUUCACGAUUCGGCACUGUUGAUGGGUGGGCUGGUCACUCAUAGUGACACAUUGAGAGCCUGAGCCAGUGAAGGGAGAUGAAGUCAGUGAACAACCAGUGUACAAGUGCGUAUACACACGGCCAGUCUGAAUCUUCGCGUGCUCUUGGGUGCCCAAGUGAACAGAAAUCGAAGCAAUAUCACGGACUACACAGAAGUAGAUAUCCCUCUGUGGAGGGAUUGGACAGCUAUAUUAAUCACCCGACCAACAGGUCUGUCUGCAAUGUGACCUUCACAUUCCUCUCAUAGCAAAGAAGAAUCACCUUCCUUUCUGCCCAGUCUGGGUUGGCUUACUCACUGAGCAGUGCAAUGAAAUGGAAAAGUUUCUCUGGGAUUUGCAAAGCUGGGUAACCUGCUGUAAGGGAACAUUUCCCUGGUUCUCUUUCCCAGUUGUGUAUCCAUUGAGCCUUAAUUUUUAAGCACCCACUGAGUGUUGAGCAUACUUUUUUCCCUUUGAGAAGGGCAGGACAGUAAACACUGCUCACUUUGCUUCUGAUCCCUUUAGGCAACAGUGAAUCUUGGGAGACUUUGCCAGACCUGUUCAUCCAGAACUGAUUCAUUUUUCAAUAGAGUGAUGCUAGUUUGGAUUGUGAACUUGGCUGGAUUGAGGAACACCUAGAGGAUGGGUAAACAAUCUUUGGGCAGUGACAGAGUGUUUGCUGAGCAGAUUGCUAUGUAGGUCAGUGAACCAAGAGGGGAGAUAUGGACGGCACUACCCAGUAGACUGGAGGUCUGACGGGACAAGAAAGGAGGAGGAGGAGGAAGGACAGGAGGAAGAGGGGGAGGAGGAGAAAGAGGAGGAGGUUGGACGUUUGUACACUGUCUUCCCAGACUUGAGUAGGUCCGUUUGUGUUGCUGCUGUUGCCCAUGGAUAUGAUUCCAGAUGCUUCAGCCUUUGAGAAUGGGCUUAGGGUUUCUCCUGGGUGUCUUCAGGCCUUUAGCCUCAGACUGGAAAUGUGUUACUGGUUCCCUUUGAGCUUCCAACUUCCUGGACUAAGUCAGUUCCCAUCUAUAGAUCGCCACUGUGGGACAGCUUAGAAACUGUGUUAGCCAAUCAAACAUUAAUAAAUGUACUCUCAUAAGUAAUAUAUAGAACUUAUAUAAUAUGAUAUAUAUAACAUAUAUAAAUAUAUAUAACUUAUAAGAGUAUAUUUAUUAAAUUAUAUGUAAUAUAUGCAAUAUAUAUUCUACUGAAGAAACUGAGUAAUAAAUUAUCACUAUAAUUUAUUCAGCGAGUCAACCAUUGAUGGGUGUUGUUAGCUUAUUAAAAGGCAGCUAUAGAGAGACAAGUUGGAGCGGCUUGGUCUGACCUUAGGCUGGACUGUAUUUCUGCACUGAGAGUGCGCUCUUGUAAGCCCACAUGUGUGGAUGACCAGAAUACCUACAGAAGAAGACAGAAUGCAGAUCCCUUACAUGGGCAGGGAUAAAGAAUUGGCUUUAGCAUUCUUUGUUAAUUAGUUUAUGUGGCAUGCGAAUUAUUUACUAUAGAUUUGAUAUAAUUAACUGCUUUCAUCUUUCAUUUGUUGGCUGAGUAUGUGGAAUGAGAAUAUUGUAGAGAAUUUUAAAAAGGUCCCGUUAAUAGGGUUAAUUUUUAAAAAGCUUAGUAAAAGAAAUCAUUUACUCUAGAAAAGGCAGACCUGGUCUCUGGGAAUAUUUAAAUUGGAAAUUGAAAAUCAUUUCUUUUAGGGGAAUACACUUAAAAUUAAAUUUUCUCUUUACAUAGCCUGACAUGGUCAUUUAAGUUAGUAGUCCCAAUCUUUGAUAUUUAAAACAAAUAUACCAAGCCCAUUAUCCUUGGAAACAAGAUACCACUUAGACACGUUCUGUUCAGCCUCAUUCCUUAGAUGCUGACUUUUACUGACUUCUUUUAUAAAGCUUCCAGGUACUUGUUCCUCUUGCAGGAGUCUGACGCAACAAACAGCUGAUCACAGUUCCCUUCUGCUUCUGUGGAACUCUGGUACACAGUCCAAUCUGUUGGACCGCUGGCCUUGAACUCACAGAGAUCCUCUUGCCUCACCUGCCCAAGUGCUGGGAUUAAAGUCUGGUCCAGCUGCAACGUUGUCUCUUAAUGUUCCCUACAGAGCCGCACAGUUAUUAACUCCCAACUUAACGCUCUGGAUCUUGGCUAACUGUUACGUUUUAUCAUAGACUCUCUUCUGAGAUACUCUAACUGCUGCUCAGCACAACACCCUUCCUUCCGCUACCCUGAACCAACUCUCUGUCUGCUUUCACGCUCUCUCACAUUAAGCGACUAUGUCUCUCCCGCCUCCCCUCUUAUCCCAACCUUCUCGGGAAAUCUUCCAGCUCUAUCCUGUAACCAAAUCAUCUGAUUACAGCCCUCCACUAAUUAUUUUCCAAGGCUCUUCAAGAAAACAGGACCGCAAUCACCUGACCCAGAGCAGCCAAUCAAGUUAGGACCCUUCCCUGCUAUCUGACUGGAGGACCCAGAACUACUCCCUCCCAUCAAGACCCUCCUCAGCUGGAAAACUCCUGCCCUAUGUUUUUUUUUUUUUAAUACCCUCUCAGAAUUAGGAUUUUUUUUUUAAUGCACAAAGAAUUCCCAGCUUCCCUCAUGGAAUAUGGAAGUCAUCCAAGUAUGAGGAUGGCCAAAAUGCCUACAGAAAUCGGGACUUGGCCCUUAUAGGGGUGGGCAUGACUUCUGUAGUCACAAGGGAAGCUGGGGAAUGUAGUCUUUAGCAGGAAACUAUCAGAUCUUUAGGAUUCCUAUCUCCAACCCAAACUUAGUUACUACAGUGAUUUGUUCUACAUUCCGGUGAAUAUUCACGUGAAGCUGUCUAAAGAAUAAAUGAGCUGGCGGGGUGGCUCACUGGUUAAACACCCCCUCAUCCCCCCCUGAUUUCUCAGAACACUCAGGUUUGGUACCCAGCACCCAAAUGGCAGUUCGCAGCUGUUUGUAACUCUAAUUCCUGCGAAUCCAAUGCCCUCUUCUGGCCUGCCCAGUCAUCAGGCAUGCAUACAAUGCAUAGACAUACAUACACACAUGCCAAAUACCCAUACACAUAAAAAUAAAGUUUAAAAAGGAAUAUUAGGAAUGAUAUACGUAGGCGUAUUUUUGUGAGUGAUUAUUCUCUUUAUUUUUAUUUUAUUUUAUUUUUGUGGAGGAAUUGGUUAUUUCAAAAUGUCUUGUCAAUAUUCAGUAUCAAAAGAGUUGCACUUACUGAGUUCUUUUUCUCCGGUUGGAGGAGAGUACAAACAAGCCAGGAACCUUCAGGGUGCCCACCUAACAGGUAGAGAAGAAACCUCCUGAACAUGGCAACUGGGUGGGGACACUUGAAAGAUCAGCAUACCACUAGCCCACAGACUGCAAAGAGUUCUCACAGCCAGUGGGUUGGCCAAGGUAACCCAACUGUCUCUUUAUUUUAUAAUGAGUGCGUUUCAAUGUUGCUUUCAGGUUUCUCUUCCAAUAUCUUAUGCAAAUGCAGCCACACGGUGCUGUUUUGGGGGGCAAUGCCCAUGUUAACUGCUAACUCCAAUAACAUUCUAGGGAUAGAAUAUAGUUUGGCCAUAAUACAAUCUUUCUCUUUUCCUCUCAUUCUAUGCCUUUAACUUUGAGGUAGAGCUUAAUUAUAUACCCCAGGCUGGGCUGUAACUCAUAAUUCUCCUGCCUCAGCCAUAUACAACACCAUACAUAAGUAUGUAUGUAUGUAUGUAUGUAUGUAUAUAUAUAUAUAUAUAUAUAUAUAGUGAAAUUAUCUAGGUUGUCACCUCUCUCUCAGAAAGAGAGAGGGACAGAGACAGAGAGAAACAGAGAACAGAGAGACAGAAAUAAAGACAGAGAGACACAGAGGGACAGACAGACAGAUAGACACAAAUUAUGUGGGGACUAGUGGUGUAGUCUGUAAUUCCAAUGUCUUAGGAGACUGAGUCAGGAGGAUUGCAAAUUGGGCAAUGGUACUGAGUUCAAAAUCCAUCUUGGGCAACUUACUGAAACCCUAUCUCAAGAUAAAAAGUGAAAGGGGGCCUGGGACUGCACAGUGUCAGAGCACUCUCUAGCACAGAAGAAGGCCUGGCAUUUAACCCCCAGCUCCGUCAUAUUCCUAAUUACACUACAACUACUCUCUUGCCAAAAUAUACUUUACCACCCUAUAAAUAACUGAUGGUUUUGAAUCCUCAUUCAGACUCUGGGUUUUGCUGCCGUGAAGUGAAGGAGCUGAAUUCUCGGUAGCUCACUGUUGUCUUAGUUCUUAUCUGAGAAACUCCCGGCUCUAACUGCACCAUUAAUUCUUGUCAAAGUAUUGAGUUACAUUGUGUGAGCUUUGGAAGGACGACAUGAAAGAAAAAGGAAACUGAAGGAUCAUAAAGUUAAUGUGAUCUCUUUAUGUGAAAAAGGCAGAAGGUGAGUCCCUCCUGGUGGUAAACCUUGGUAACUCAGCCGAUAAAACACCAUCUGUAAUUGGUUCUUUAAAAAGGAAGAGACCCUGAUCUCUACAUGUAGCUAAAGACAGAUUUAGGUCAAGGGCAGCCAAAAUGAAAAGGAGGUUCUCACCAGAAGUACAGUUUUGUUUGCUUGAGAUAGGCUUUUGUUUAGACCAGGAUGGCCUCAAACUCCUUAAGUAGGCAAGGAUGACUUUGAAAUAUUCCUCCUUCUGCCUCUACCUCCCGAGUGCUGGGAUUACAGACAUGUGCCAACUUGCCCGGCAUCUCAUAGGUGCAUUUCAAUGUGCUUUGUUUUUGAAACUUUGCAAAAGACUAUUGAAACUUUUAAUGUUUCCACAAAUGCACAGACAUCAACAAUGUAGCCAUUUUAUAGAUGUUUUUAAAAUGUAUGCAAAAAGAGAUCCAAGUCAUCUUGCUGAAUGACUGAUUCGCUAAGUGGCCUCCAUCCACCUGUUUGUUCUGAGUAUUUCUUGUUAGUAAACUGGGUUCGAUGUGUCAUUGGAACUGAAGACAGAGGAGGAGCCCACCCAUCCCCCUUUAAGAGGGCAGCUUCUACACAUGCUCUCUGUGAAGGCAGGGCAACGCUUGGUCAGACAAUAAUGGGAAGACAUUUUCAAUAUGAUGGGGUUCUUCCCCAUCUUCAGUGGCUCCUGUACUCAUUGAGAACGCAACCCAAAGUUUGCCUUGGUGUUUUUCUUUUUUCUCUUCUCCUCAUCUCUCAUCCCUCCCCCUGCCUUCCUUCCCUUUUUGUCUUCCUGUGGCCUUUUAAAGUAGGUGUCACCAUGUAGCCUGGUGGCCUCAGACUUGCUAUCUCCCCUCCCCCCACAUGCUGCGACUGCAAGAUGCCCAGUGCUGUGCUGACUUGAUUUGCUUGUUUGUUUGUUUUCAUUCAUAUAAGGGAGGUAAGUAGUGGUAGAUUUUGUUUGAAAGGAAAUAGUGUGUCCAUGUAGGUGCUUUCGACAGAUGUGAGACAGACAGCGGACAUAGGGAAACACAGGCAGCCUUUGUAUACCCAUGAUGAAUUACUAACUCUGUAGUAAAACACUGUCUUCUCGGAUGCGGGGUCAAAUUAGGGAUAAAGUGAGUAGAAUUACUCUCUUUAAUUGCAAUGCUGCCCAUGAAAUGCAUUUAGCUAAAAAAAAAAAGUCAAGUUUUAAUGCUCCAUAUUCUCAAGUAAUUACUGUAAGGGAAAGUUCAGUUAAAGUGCCAUGUGAUUUAUAUGUGGUGGUAUAUAAUGCUAUGUUACGUCUAUCUAAGGAAAAGGUUUGAAAGUUGAAGCAGGAGAUGGACUUGGCCACCAAGGCAGUCACUUGAGAGAAUUUAUAAUGAUAAGAUCCCAGCAUUAGUGGAAUGUUGGUAUUUUUGUGUUCCUACGAUCAAUACCAGAGAGAAACUUCUGGAACAACAGAUUGCUUUUGGCUCCUGGUUUCAGGGUUUGGUCCAUGGUUGGUUAGUCCCCUGUUCCUAGGCUGGACAUCAUGGUGGUAGCAGUAUGUGGUAGAUGAGAGCUGGUCUCUGCCUGGCUAAACUAGAAGCCAAGAGUGACAGCGAGAGGUAAGGAUACCACACCCCAAGGCCCUGCCCCCAGUCCCUGCCCCCCAGUCCCUACCUUCUUCAGCUAGGCUCCCAAUUCUAAAGUUCCUAGAAUCUCCCAAAAAAGUUUUAUUUGGGAACACACACACACACACACACACACACACACAGAGACAGAGAGACAGAGAGAUAGAGAGACAGAGAGACAGAGACAGAGACAGAGAGAUAGGGGAGGGAGGUGCAAGAUGUGUAAAUAUGUUUGUGUGAUGUGUGUUUACAUGUUUGCAUGUGUGAAUGUGGGCACAUUCAUUCCUGUGAUGGACUGCACCCUCUCAAACUGUGGGAGCUGCUGCCCCAGGAUGAAGCAACGUGUGUGCUAAUGGACAUUUGUGGAGAUCAGAGGACAACCUUACAGGUUGGUCCUUACACUCUUCCUUAUUUUGAGUCAGGGCCUCUUUGCCUCUUUGUACACCAGGCUGUCUGGCCUAUGAGCUCCUAGUGACUCUGCCUCCCAGCUUCCUGUAGGAAUGCUGGGAAUAUAGAUGUCCACUCUUAUGGCUGGUUUUACUUGCGGGCUGAGGAUCUGAACUCAGGUUCUCACACUCGUGUGGUGAGUGCUUCACUCACUUAGCCACCUCCCCAUUCCAAAAGCCAACCAGCCGACCAACCAAACCCAACCUAUAUGAGCUGUCAAUCUUUCAGAGCACAAUUUAAGUUUUGGGCUGUGACUGCCACAUAACUGUAUGCGGAGCUGUGAAAAGCUUGGCUAAGGUUUCUGGGUGCACAAUGCAUAAACACUAAUUCAAAAUUAAAUGCAAAAUAGAUCUGAUUCAUGUGCAACAGCUCUCUCCCAUGUCGGCUGUAUUAUUCCACGCCACUGCUCCCUGGGUCCGAACACCUGUGCUGUCACCCCCUGCACGACAAGUUUAGAGUCUAGACUGUUGUAUGCUGUCAGCUGCAGUAGCUUUGCUGUGCAUACACAUUUUCUACUCUUGCAGAAACAACCCAAUUUGGUUCCAGGAUAUAGCGACUUUUAAUAUUGCUCUUCCAUUACUGCUCUGCGUAUGACUAUGCAGUGCUUGUACCUUUAGCUCAUACUGUGUUAGAAUGAUGGACUUGAGCAUCAUAAAGCAUCCUUUUGAAUCAGUUUUGUCUUGGAAUUCAGACAGAUUUAAAAAAAAAAAAAAACGUCGAAAUUGUCCUCAACACGACCUGUCAUUUUUGUCCUACCUAUGUAAGUCAAGCAGUGUUCUCAGCACUGAUGAUUACAAAAUCAAAGCGCUAAUCAAUGCAGACAAACACGAGAUACUCUGUGUCCUGCGGUACCAAGUAGUCAAUCAAAAUUUAAUUCUUCAUGCAAAAUAAAUGAUCCACUCCAUUGUAUGCAAAUUUGCUUUUUACCUCUAGCAAAUGGUAAAAUUAUGUGUAGACCAAAGCCUUGUUUUAAAGUAAGGUGAUUUAUGAUUUAUUACCAGUAAAAUGAUUGACACCUCACCAUAGGUAAGAGCUGGGAGUGUCUGAGAAGUUUAACUGAGGCAGGAGUUGUGGGCUUUGUUCCCUGGUUUGGGGUCUUGGGUUGAACAAAGAGGUGGGGUUGGAGCGUUGCAGCUGAGGGCUUGCACCCCUGAUUUCUGGACUGUACUCUCAAACUGUGGGAGCUGCUCCCCCAUGAUGGACUGUACCCUCAAACCGUGGGAGCUCUUCUCCCCUGUGAUAGGCUGUACUCUCAAACUGUGGGAGCUGCUCCCCCAUGAUGGACUGUACCCUCAAACUGUGAGAGCUGCUUCCCCCAUGAUGGACUGUACCCUCAAACUGUGGGAGCUGCUCCCCUGUGAUGGACUGUACCUUCAAAUUGCGAGCCAAAGGAAAUGCUUCCUUCCCCCUAUCCCCAGGCGUAUUUGUGUCCAGUAUUUGGUCACAGCACUGGAACGAGUAACUGGUUACAACAUGCUGUAAAUAUAUGAUGCCUAUUAUAACUAAAGACAAGUGGGAAACAUAUAUACCUUAGAAGAACAGAGCCUGAAGUCUCCUGAUGGUGGAGAGUAUAUUGACUGUUAACUCAAGGCUUCAGAGCUUGUAAGCAUGUCAGACUGGCAGAGCAGGAACGUUUUGAUCAAGGAGAGAAGUUGGUUGGUGUUGGAAAGCUGUCCAGGUCUGUGGACUCUGGGGCUUCAAUCUAACUCAGUGGGAAAGAUGUUCCCUCCUACAUCCAUCCUAAGAAGGCCCAAUCUUAGCUGUUUUGAGGCUCCUUGAGAAGUUCUGAGGUCACCAUAGAGCUUUUCCCACGUGCCUGACAGUGAAGCAAGAGUUCCCAGGUCACGUCUUUUAGCAAGCACAGGCAUUUGGAUGAGUAGAAACAAGUCUCUGAGCUUGUUCGGAAUUAAAUUGGGUUGUGCUUUUCUGGCAAAGGCAACUUAAAGGAAGAAAGGUUUGUUUUGGCUCAUGGUUUGAUGGUACACAGUCAUCAAAGCAGGGACAAGUGGGGUGAGGGGCACGUGAGCCACCCGAUCACAUGACAUUCACAGUCAGGGAGCAGAGAGAUGAAUGCAGUUGUUCAGCUCACUUUUUCCAUAAAAAAUAGAUGUAUUGUAUUAUUAUUGUUAUAUGUAUGAGUGUUUUGCUUGCAUGAUGUAUAUGUAGUGUUGUUGUACUCUGUGCCCAGGAAGGUCAGAAGAAAGUAUCAUACCUCCUGAAACUUGAGUUACAGAUGAUUGUGAAUUGGUGCUGGGAACCAAACCUAGGUCCUCUGCAAGAAUAGCACAUGCUCCUAACUGCUGAGACGUCCCUCCAGCCCUCUUUCCUUCCCUCCAGCCCUCUCUCUUCCCUGCCUUUUCACCUUCCUUCCUUUCCUCCCUCCUCUUCUUCCUCAUCCUCUUCCUCCUCCUUCUCCUCUUCUUCCUCCCUCUCCCUCUCCCCCCCCCUCAUUUCAGUCACCCACACUCAGGGUGGACUUUCUGCCUCUGUUUGAAUCUCUCUGUGCGCACCCUCCUAGACAUACCCAGAGCUGUGUCUCCUAAGUUUGGUCAAGUUGUGGUGAGGAUUAGCUGUCAUAGGCACUUAGUUGAGCUUCUUCCUUGGAUAGUUCAGGUAUGUUGGUCUGUGCUGGAAACUUCAAUCUUCCUCUUUUAAAAAGUAGCCCAGGGCUGGGGAUGUAGCUCAGCAUAAGCCCUUACCUCACCUCAUGUGAUGGAUGCCUGGCCUCCAUCUCCAGCAUCUAUGGAAAAGAAAAUAGUGGCCUGGUGAGUUUUAGUGUCAGAGGAAGUUUAAGAAGGCUGCCUCGGACAAAAGGGCAGCUCUCUCUCUCGCCUCUGCAAAAGGAAGCUGAUGUAAUAUUUAACCAACAAAGAGGGGGCAGCUACUCGGACAAAGUCUAUCCAGGAAAAGAACAAGACCAGAGUUUCUGUUUGGAGGAGGAAGAAGUUCACCGGUCUGUUUGGAAAUUGUAUAGUCAGUCAUAAAAACCAGAUAACAUCUUUGGUGAUCAGCCUGUCUUUUUUACACCAGCUUGGGUUUGGUUGCCAAACAGGGUAGGUUCAGAAAGACAGCUGUUUGCCUCACCUUGGAGACCAGGAACUAUACAGCCACCAGAGACAGGGCCUGAAGCCUGUGUCCAGGCAACAUCUCACAACAUCUGAUGUUCACACCAUCAGAUGUGUGCCAGCAGCAUGGCAUGGCACACAGAAACUAGUCCCGGGGUGUUCUCUCCUUCCCAUCACUAGUGUAUUCCCCAGAUGCAGAGAGCCAGGAAAACAUGGGUCCCAGGCCAGGGCAUAACAAGGUCUCAGAGCCAUGUAGAGAGCUGACAUUAAGGACUAAGUACUGAUGUGGCUUGAGUUGACACCAAGGUGGUGUGUUACUCAUCCGCUGAAUUCCUGCAUCAAUGGCAUGUGGAAGUCAGGCCUUUGGGGCAUAAUUGGGAACAGAUGAGGUGGUCAGGGUGAGGCCCAGGAUGGCGCUAAUGUCUUUCUGAGAGGAAGAGAGAUGUGCUGGACUGUAGUGUCCUCAUCAGAUUGGGGCUGGGGAUGGGACAGAAAGAUCUUCACUAGAUGCUGAAAUUGGCCCCAGAAACCUCCAGAACUGUGGGGGUGGGGAACCUCUCUUUUCAAUGCAAACAACUUAGUCUGUGGUUCCCUGUUAGAAAAGGCCUAAGAGAUUUGUCAUCCGAAGUGGAAUUCCUUAUAUGGUUAAGACAGAAAAUACAGUGUAUGAACCUGCUUCUGAGCCAUCCCACAAGGACUCCCUCCAUAUUGCACUGCCAUUCGCACACACCUUGCUUUGGUAGGACAGAACCAGGACCACAGCACAUUGCCAUGAGUGACUAUAGAAAAAGCACCUUCUAACAUGACAGUCUCUGUUUCGGCCAUCAUCGUUGUCAUCAUCAUCAUCGUCAUCACCACUACCAUCAUCAUCAUUAAAUUAUCCUCAUAAUCACCAUCAUAAUGAUAAUAAUAUCAUCAUCACCACCACCAUUAUUAUUAUCAUAUGUCUGGAUGAACUUAAAAUAGAAGGACAGCUUACUAUUGUUUCGUAAAACAGAGACACCCCCCCCCACUUUCUGAAAACCUACAACCAAACUUCAGGCAUCGUUUCUUAGACCUUUGUUCUUCUAAACAAAGUUCGGCCCUGUGUCUGUUAUACUCUGUUAACCACGGAAGCCCAAAGGUCCUCCUCUAACUAACCCGAGCCUGCAUUCCCUGCUCCCACAGUCUGUUUCCUCUCACGUUGGACAGUUGUGGAGGAGCCAUGGAGCAGAGCAGUAAUCGCCCAGAGGACUUCCCGCUUAACGUGUUCUCCGUCACUCCGUACACACCCAGUACCGCCGACAUCCAGGUGUCCGACGACGACAAGGCGGGGGCCACCUUGCUUUUCUCAGGGAUCUUUCUGGGACUGGUGGGGAUCACAUUCACUGUCAUGGGCUGGAUCAAGUACCAGGGUGUCUCCCACUUUGAAUGGACCCAGCUCCUCGGACCCAUCCUUCUGUCGGUCGGAGUGACAUUCAUCCUGAUCUCUGUGUGCAAAUUCAAAAUGUUAUCCUGCCAGUUGUGCACAGAUAACGAGGAAAGGGUCCUGGACUCGGACCAGACUUCCGGAGGACAGUCGUUCGUUUUCACCGGCAUCAACCAGCCCAUCACCUUCCACGGGGCCACCGUGGUGCAGUAUAUCCCUCCUCCUUAUGGUUCUCAGGAGCCCCUGGGAAUGAACACGACCUACCUGCAGCCCAUGAUGAACCCUUGCGGUCUCGUACCUUCUAGCGGAGCAGUGGCUGCCACACCGAGUCCCCCACAGUACUACACCAUCUACCCUCAAGACAAUGCUGCGUUUGUGGAGAGCGAGGGCUUCUCUCCUUUCGUGGGUGCUGGUCAUGACAGGUAUGCUGGGUCCCGGGCUGCUCCCCACCCCUCUCCCGUUCUGCAUCACAGUUAUGGUCUAUGGCUAUGUUUGGACUUCCAAGCAGGCGAUAGGGACCGUAAACCUUUGUGCAGCCUGCCACGCAGAGUGGCAGCAAUGUAUGUUGGCGAGUACACCCGUGUUCCCUGCUCAUGUUUCAGGCCCAGUUCUGAUGCAGACCAGCUAGAAGGGACGCAGAUGGGAGAGGAGGAACGUGUGUGCUUCUCUCCUCCCCCCUAUGAGGAGAUAUACGCCCUACCUCGCUAGAGACUGCAAAGCUGUGGGAACGGACAUUUCAGCCCCGUGACGUGAUACUUGGAGAGUUUUCUGCUGUAACCUUCAGAAGUUAGAUGCCAAAGCAGCCCAGGCGAUCUUACAGAUGUCAUUCAAGGUGGGAAAGAAGUGUCCCGAGGUUGCUAAAUUAAGCUGCCCUGGGUAAAUUCCCCUGUGCUCCAGUUUUGAAUCCUCUGCAUCUGGUAGAGUGAUUGUGGAGCAUGCGCAAUGCCUUGGGUUCGAUCUUGAGAGGCAGAAAACAAAAACGAAAACAAGACCUCUCUAAGUAAAGUGCAGGAAGAAAGUUCGCCCGUUUCCCCCAUCCCCCACCCUAUAUCCAUUUGAAGGUAUUAGUGUCUUAGUUUUAUCUGCAAUCAUGGCAGCUUUCAGACUGACGGAAGGAGGCUGGUAAGCAAGCAGGGAAGAGAAUAGGUUCAGGGAGAAACUUCCCUGCCCCAUGCUGGACCUUCCACAGCGGAGUGAAUUAUCCCAAACAACUUGGGCUGUAAUCUGGUCUCCCUUUGGAUCUUAAAAACUCUGUAAAAAAGAAAUAACGAAAUCUCUUGAGAAAUAAAUGAAUAAACAGAGUGGGGUAAAACAAUUCCUCGCGUUAGAAUAGCGUUGGAUGGCCGAUGAGACUGUGGAAGAGGUAACAGGAAGAUAGUGUAUAAGUCCGUAUGCCGUCACCGAGUUGCAGUGACCCCUGCUCCUGAUGUUUUUCUUCUGCAAGGCUGAAAUUCUAGGCAAAUUGCACACGAGUGAGCACCCGCUACCCCCCACCCCCCAGCCCCCGUUCCACCCGCAGACAUAAACUGUCUGAGCCAAGUGGCUUAGGGAAUCCAGGUAUGCCUCUGGUCAGUUCCACACAGCCACGCUGCCGUGCCACUGCAGAGCGGUGAGUCGUGGAGAUGACCCAUCUCCACGGUGAGAAGAGCUCACCUUCUCCUGAGCGAAGAAAAGCUGGCAGCCUCCAGCUUCGUAAGUCUGAGCUGUGUCGUCAACCACAGAACAAAGCUGCAAACUUUAGGAGGUGUCUAAGGACUUGGAGAAAACAGGUUUACGAAGAUAAAAGGCCACGCAAAGUAAAGGUGGCUGCCCCCAAGAAAGACACAGGAAUUAGCAGGUCUUGAAAGUUUUGGUACUGUGCUUAUAUGUGGAGUUACUUUGACUUUCUAUCAGAAAAGUCCAGUUUUUUUUCCUAGGAUAUCAGUAAAAUUAUCUUGGUUUAUUAUUGUGAUUCAUGUUAUGGCUGAGGAAUAAAAGCUUUUAUAAUUAUUUUUCACAUCAAUAAUAACUAGCAAUAAAAACUAGACAUCUCUAUACACAGUAUAUUGACUCUCCAUCCAAUAUGCUCAUAAAAUCCUGGAUACUCAGUAUAUGGACUGUCCUGGAAUUCACUAUGUAACUAUGUAGACUAGGCUGGCCUCAAACUCACAGAGAUCCACCUGCCUCUCUGCCUCCAGGUGUAGUAAGUUUAAAGGCGUGAGCCACCAUGACCAGCAAAAUCCCCAAUUCUUAGCUAAGGGUGUCUUAGCUAAAGGCCACUGACCUUAGGGAGGAAGUUAGGAGAUGAGGCCAUGGUAGAGCAUCAUUAUUGCCACGCUGACAGACAAACAGCACAGCCCUGCCUCCCUCACCCCUUCUCUUCCCAUCCGCACCUCCUUUUAGACUCAUGCACCAUCAUGAUCAUCAAAAGGAAAAAUGUCAGAAAAGGGCGUGCGUACCAAGCUGGGUUGGACAAGGCAGGCAGUUGUCUCGGUGUUGCUGAGAUGGGAUGCUAUUCAGGGAUGGGGAUUCUAGCUCUAGGCAACAGAGUCAUUCAACAGCACUGUUCCAGUCCCUGUGCCUGGACUUCGUUUAUGCCUCCAAGCACUCUUGCAGGACUCAUGUUCUCAGGAGUUCAAAGUGUGGGUGAGGCUUGCCAUAGCUGGAGGAUCAGAAAAUUGGGGUUUGGGAAUGAAUCUCAGUUGAUGUCAUGCUUCUAUAGCAUACCCAGAGCCCCGGGUUUGACCCCCAUCGCCACAUCUACUGGGCAUAGUGGUCCACCGCAAUAAUGCACACUCUGGGGCAGAAGUAGAAGGGUCAGAAGUUCAAGGUUAUUCUCUGCUAUAGACCAAGUCUGAGGCCAGCUGGUAUACACAGAUUCUAUUGCAAGAGUUAAGGGUGUGAAUUUGUUUUUACAAGUCGUGCUUACUGACUGAGCAUCCACUUUGUGUUGGCGCGGCAGCCAAGAAGCCAGGAGAAACUCGUGAAAAACCAAACCAAGAAAAGAGCAGAUACAGCUCUGCUCUCAGAUCGCUUCCAGUCUGGUGGGGAAAUAGACACUGGUGACUUUUCUCAGAUUCCUUUGAGGGAUCCUAGAGAAGUCGAGUCAGGCUGUUGCCUUGGGUGACCAUAGAGGGCGCUGUUCGCAAGAUCACUCAGGCUACUAAUAUUGACAGGGACCUGAAGGAGCGUUCCUAGUCACUAGAAAAGGAAGAGAGGAGAGCACACACAGGGAGAAGCCUGGUGAAGCUGUGUAGAAGGCAGCAGAAGAGACACCGUGUGCGCUGAGGAAAUUGUCUUUCCCAUCUGCUACUCCUUUAAAGGGAAGGUCCCUAAUUUUCUUCCUGUGAGACAAUCCCACUCUGUUUUUGUAUUUGGGAAUGGCUGAAAUAUGGGAAACCCACGGAGGGGCGCGGGGCCUGUGGCCACCAGCCCCUUGCCUGGACUCCUGGCCAGCCAGGAUAUGUUCCUAAUAGUUUCUGGUUGCUGUCUAGAUGGUCGCCUUUGAUCUUUCUCUAUCUUAUCAAGGGUGACCGAGAGACUGAUCUGGGCGCAGUGGGCUGGAGCCGGUCUCCUGUUUUGCUGUCUCCUCCUUAGAUGAUCUGUUGGGAAGGCAGCCUGGCUCUGAGAAGACAUGAAAGUAAUCCAGUGUUCAGUUUGCCAGGGGUUUGGGCUUUGUGUGAAAACACUGGGAAGACAGAAGAAUGUUUCAUUUUUAUCUUUUUGGAAGAAAGUCACUUUAUCCUAGUGAACUCAGGAAUAGUAACUUUACAUGGUUUAAGGAGGCACUCUAUUUUCCCAGACCCCAGUUCUACACCAUCUUGAUGCUGUGACUAAUUAACUUCUAGCUUUGGACCCUAUUCUCUCGUCAGUGAUUACAUUUCUGAGACGAAAUAACUUGGUGGUUAGGUCCGAUUUUCCAUUUCUUCAAUGUGAACUUUAAAAAGUUACUCUCUUAUUGCCUUCCCACAGUGCCACUGAAAUCCUCCUUUCCACCAAGUACUUCUCCAACUAUGUGAGUGUUGUAUAUGUGUGUCAUAUGUGUGUGUAUUGUAUGUGGUUAUAUGUAUGUAUGUGCAUGUUGUAUGUGUGUGUAUUAAAUGUGUGUAUUGAAUGUGUGUGUGGUGUAUGUGUGUAUUGUAUGUAUGUGUGUAUUGUAUGUAUGUGUGUAUUGUAUGUAUGUGUGUAUUGUAUGUAUGCAUUGUGUUAUGUGUAUAUGUGUGUAUUGUAUGUGUGUGUAUUACAGGUGAGUUGUAUGUGUAUGUAUUGUAUAUGUGUAUUGUAUGUAUGUGUAUAUUGUAUGUGUGUAUUGUAUGUAUGCAUUGUGUUAUGUGUAUAUGUGUGUGUAUUGUAUGUGUGUAUUACAGGGAGUUGUAUGUGUAUGUAUUGUAUAUGUGUGUUGUAUGUGUGUAUAUUGUAUGUAUGCAUGUGUGUUGUGUGUCUACUGUAUGUGUGUGUGUUGUGUGUGUGUACUGUAUAUGUGUGUGUGUGUGCAUGUGUCAUAUGUUUGACUCGUUGAGUUCCAUUAGAGUCAUUUGCAUGAGCAUAGCGGUGAACUUGGUUAGACUAAUUCAUUUGCAAUCUGACAUGGCCUCAGCACCUCUCUGAAACCAUCACUGACCAUCACUCAAAAAUUAUCUUAGCUCAUAAAAGCAAGGAUUGCCAUGCUGCUGCUUCCUGAGGCUCCUGAUGGGGACAUCAGCUUCUGAGGUCUCCCUCCACUUCAGAGAUGGUGCUGGCCAGUGGGUGGCUCUCUAGCCACAUUGGCUCUAAUGGCUGUGAUGCAGGCCGUGGGACCUGGCUGCUGGGUGCUAGCGGAGAUGCGGGCUGGAGGAGGCAGAGCAGUGGGGUCUGGCCUGAGGUCUGCUCUCACACGAAGCCUCUUUCAGCAUAAGGACCGUGUGGGGAGUACGGCUUUGGCUCCCGUGGGCCUGUCAAGUGAGUGGUGACUCAGCGAUUAGAAAUUCAGGAUUCUGUGGGAGUGUUUUAAAGAAGAGCGACUCGUGACCUGCUAGGCCAAGACCCAGAAGGCAUACUGGGGUGUAGCGACCUUGCUGGUACAAUGGAAGCCAAGUGACCAGAACACUGUGAUCCAGCCGUCCCUCCUCCCUCCACCCUGAGCCUCCAGUGGGUUAUGUGGGUGGGCCACCUACAGAGAAUUCAAAAUAUUGUUGAAAAGGCUUUUGGAUUAUGGGGGGGGGGUGGGUUUUUUUGUUUUGUUUUGUAGAAUACUUUAUUAGUUGUUAUAAUCCCACACAGAUAAGACUUUCUGAUUUAAUUCUGUUACCUCUGUACAGCUAGAAAAAAUGUAAGUUCACCACUUUUAAUAAAGCCGUUCGUUCCUGUACCUGCGAACUCAACAUGGCAAACUUGUUUUCAAAAGUUGGCAUCAGAGCUAGUUUCCAAAAGUUCAAUAUAUAUAUGUUUAUAUCUAAUGUAUGUUUGCAUUAAGAGACCUGUAACGGCAGUUAUAGAAACAUCCAGAACACGUCACUGAAGAAAAACAUAGGUCACACCUCAUGGUGCAGGUGGGCAGAGGACACACGAAGGCCUGCCUGCCUGCAGCAGGAGCCAUUACAGUGUGCAAGUGUGGUGAACAGACGGAAGAGGAAAAAGCAGGUCAGUUUGAACACUGUGGACGGCAAUGGGACUGGAGACCUGAAGGGGAGAGGAAGAGAGGAAGAACCUAUUGUGGACCCCAGACCCUCGUCGACUGUCCUGCGGGUCGGGGCACCAUUCCUAGGCUGGUGGUCUUGGGUUCUAUAAGAAAGCAAGCUGAGCAAGCCAGGGGAAGCAAGCCAGUAAUAUCUCUCCAUGGCCUCUGCAUCAGCUCCUGCUUCCUGACCUGCGUGAGCUCCAGUCCUGACUUCCUUUGGUGAUGAACAGCAAUGUGGAAGUGUAAGCUGAAUAAACCCUUUCCUCCCCAA